UAAAGGUCUAUCCUGUUCUAUUCUAUUCUAUUCUAUUCUAUUCCACAAGCUGCACAGGGUCAGAGUGGACGUUUUGGAGCAGUUUGAAAAAAGUGUUUGCCUUCAGCAAACUCACAGACAUGUUUGACUUCCUGAAGAAACACAUUGAUGAGGAGGAGAAGAAGAACCACAGUGAUGAUGUUCACAUCACCUUUGUGGCUCAUGGAGCAAUCAGAGACUUCAUGAUCCCAGCCAGCUGUUACCUGCCUCUGCCCACCAUCACUGACGUGCUGCUGUAUUCUCCCUGGAACUGCAUCACUUCUGGUUUAGAGUACGUUAUUGCUACAGGAAAACUGAGGCCUCAGCACAGAGUUUUUUCCUACAACGAUAAAGAAAGCUGUACGAUUCCUGAUGACAAACAUCGACCUGUGAACCUGCCAGAUCACUGGAACUCUCUGAAGAAAGCUGGAGCACAGAUGGUCCCAAACAUCACGGUUAGCCCUCUUGGAGAUGAUGAUGGAGUGUGGGAACGCUUUGAGUCUCUCUCAGCUAAACAUGGACCACCAGGAAGGAACCGCAUCGUCAUCCCGUUCAUCUUCCCAGGACGGGAAUAUGAAAGCGUCCCGUUCUCUGUGGUGACCUUGGCUCUGUCCCUGGUGCUCCUCUCCUCCAGGUUUAAAGCCACUCUUCACUCCUCUGGUUGUCUCAGAGAUCACUCUACUGGACCGAAAUUUGACAGGAAGUAUCUUCAGGAGCAGUACGCCUGCACCAUCGACAACAGCUGGAUGAAAUGUUCCCUUGCAGCUUUCAGAUGAUGAUAAAUGCUGCUUGUGUUAGACAUGUUUGUGGACAUUUUAGUGUAAAGAUGAAGAUGAAAUGAUAAAAGUAAUUUCUCUAUAUUUGAGGCUCAGAUUUAUGAUGAAUGGACUUGAAUCAUCAUUUAGUUCCAGCUCAUAAUCUGAUCAUAAUCUGCUAACAUCUGUGAAGGUUAUUAAUAUAAACAGACUCAGCUGUUCUCUGCUCGCUGCUCACAGGUGACGUGAUACUGAUGUCAGACCUUCAACCAGCACACACACAGAUCAUUGACAUGAAGUGUAUAUUAUGUAUUAUGUAAUAUUUUGAUCUGUUAUUGCUUUAUGUCGGGGUUUUAGAUCCGUACUUGGGUAGAACAAUAAGUUAUGAGCCACAACCUUCUUACUCAGACUCUGAACUGUGUCACGUUCCAAACAUAGAAGUAAUACAAGUCUACAAGUUGUACAUCUAUAUUUUCAUGCCUACGGACUCGGUGAUUGUUUCUGAUCUUUUGUUAUUGUAAAACAUUAAAAUGUGAAGAUGAUGUUGUCUAAGUGAAGAAGAACAGGAUGAAAACCUGAAGCUGCUCAUUAAAAACAAUAUUGUAUAUAUGAAAUUUAUGGAGGACCACAAGAGCCACGCGCAUCAAAAUAAAGAAUUCUGUGAUUAAAUAAUGAAUUGUAGAAUAAAUUU